CUACACGUUUCAUAUCUGAUUUGCCCUAAGUUAGUCCAGUUUAGAAUUCUAAGCUUUCAGCAUGGGAAACAAAGGACACCUUUACAUUCUGUUUAUAGGUUUAAUUCAGCAAUGUAUAGAAGGUGCUCUAAACACUGAACUACCAAAAUGUUGGAAACAAUAUGGUGAAUGUUUGGAUUUGAAUGAACGCCCUCUGGAUUUAGUGAACAAGAUAAAACCAAAAGAAAAUAAGAAUAUUAUUCGUGUAGUUCAGAAUAAAUACACUCAAGAGGAGUGUCUCAGUGAGUGUGAGAUGAGUCCAGAAUGUCAGUUUUAUACUCUCUACAGUCCGGAUAAAUUAAAGAACUGCUCCUUGGUUGGGUUUAAUCUUGGCAAUACUUGCCAGAGAAUAGAAAAUGUUUGCGUCCUUCAUAGAAAAUGCUCAGUGUUUGAUCAAAACUGUGGAAAGGCUUGUACCACUGGACAACGAUUGAUUGAAGAUAGGUCAGAGAGCUGGCACACACUAGUAUUGGGGGGAAAGGUUUCCAAUACACAGUUUGAAAAAACGGGGGAAAUUCUUGAUGAAUCUGGAACCAUUUGCAACAGUUUUCCAGUAGACGAGAUGGAAGGUGCAGCAGGAGUAUUUAUCCAUGAUAUCAAUGACCCUACUAAAGAUCACGUUAUUGUAUGCGGAGGUUGGAAUUCUGCGAAUAAAUAUAUGAAAAAAUGCGGAAUUGGGAGAAGUACAGGUUUUGAUUUUGGAGAGAAUCCUACUGAAGUGGUAAACUUACUGAAAGAAAGAGGAUUUUUCUCUAUGGCUGCUGUAGGCACAAAAGCAUUUGCAUUCGGAGGGUACAACACUGUUACUGGAAUGCUGAAUGAUAUUGAAGAGUAUGAUGGAACUACCUGGUCUGCUUCAACCAUUACUUUACCCUCACCAAGAUCCCAUACCUGCGCGGUACAUGUGCGGAUGAACCAAAAGGAUAUGAUCUAUUUACUCGGUGGUUGGGAUGACAAAAUUAAUUUUCUGCCAGAUGUCCUGAAGUUCGAUGUUGUAGAUGGAGUUCUUUCUAAGGAUUCUAGUUUCAGUUUAAACCUUCCUGUUGAUAUUGAAGGUGUGAGUCCUGGAAGAGCUGAUAUGGCCUGCAUGCAUUACAGGAUGAAAGGAUGGAAUGACGGAAUUCUGAUAACUGGUGGUUAUAGAUCAUCAGGAGCUUGGCUUAAUACUGUUUGGUUCCUAGAUCUAACUAUUGCUCUCAACCAAUCUGGAACUGCUAAUCCAUGGAUCAGACUCAAUGAUUUGUCUAAGAAUUUUGACGGAGGUCGUCAUUACCAUGGUAUGUCAACAACAGCUGGACAACCGUGGAUUAUUGGUGGAUGGAACAAUGGACCUCUAAAGUCAACCCUGUCCUACUUCGAGUGUGAAACCGAAGAUAUCACACGUCCCGGUAUCUGGAAGAGUAAUAAGUUCAAAACAUUGAAAGUGGGAAGGGAGAAGUUUGCCUCUAUAUCCGUCCCAAAACGAAUAAUUCCAAAUGCACAGUUGUGCAAUUGACUCGGGUCAUUAUAAAAUACUUCUGAGGGUUAGUAAAAUUAAUCCCAGGAUAUUUUUAGACACGGAGAAGAAUAACGCAACCUUCUCUACGACAGCUUUAUUUCUAUACUUAAGCAUAUAGAUUAAAGCACCUUUCCAUCUCAAAGAAUUAAUGUUUGUUUCUGAAGAAUGCAAAACUGCAAAUUCUUUACAUGAAAAAAGUUCUUUAAUCAAUUAUAUCAAAAUAAUAAUAUCAAAUUUAGUAGCAUGAUAACGUUUAGAUUAAAU